AUGAAGUUCUCUGUCUUCACCAUUGCCCUCAGCACUCUCGCUGCUGCCUCUCCCACCCCUGACAUGGAGCACGAGAAGCGUAUCCUUGGACUUCUUAAGCCCAAAAGCAGCAACGUCCCCUUCACCUUCACUUCUACCUGGGAGGUCGUUGCCACUCCUGACCAGGUCGUGAAUGCUGACAAUGAGUUCACUGGCGGUCUGAAGGGAGGCAAGGGCCUCUUCAAGUUCGGCAUCAACUCACACGAGGACAUCAUCUGCUACAACAUCACUCUCUACGGAUUUCGCGGAGACUACCAGUCUCCCGCCAACACGGCCACUCACAUCCACGAGGCUCCCAAGGGCAAGUCUGGACCUCCUCGCAUUGCCUUCCCUAACCCCGUCGGCGACGAGAAGAGCCGCAACGCUGUCGGGUGCCUCCAGGGCCCUUUCCGCACUGGCGUUAUGGUGGAAGGACAGGACAGUGGUGUUGGCUUCACCGUCGCCGAGAUUGAGAAGAACCCCGAGAAAUUCUUCGCCGACUCUCACUCCAGCCUUGCUGUUCCUGGCGCUUUCCGAGGACAGCUCAACACAGGCAGAGUCUGCUAG